AUGGCCCAGCUUCUUUUACCCGGUACGCCGCCCAUGUUCAGAGACGACGGAAACCCCAACAAUGAAUGGAUGGAUACACACAUGCUGGCACCCGCUUGCCUAGCCGCAGGUUUGCAUACCCUCAUCUGCGAAACCCGAUCUAGAUGUCUGCUGGGUGCUGUUCUCCGUUUUUUUUACGUCAACGCUGUGGAGAGGACUUCGCCUGAUGGGUGGUCGUCCGUCGACCCGGUGCUAAAAGGAGAAUGCGCCAACAAGAUAGGAUUGACGAUUCUCACACACUCGGACGUAGUAAUCAUUUCUUCUUCAGUCAUGGAAAAGCUCCACGAUCACCCAAGCAACACCAGCACCAUCAAGAAGCUAGUCGGGCGUCUUCGCGGAAACAGUGUUAGUACACCAAACACACCGCAGAGAGACGAGGGCUAUAUAUCCAAUUCGUCGCGAGCGCCCUCAUUUCGCAUUCGUACGCCUCGAAUAUCCAGGUCGCCGGAUUCACAUUGCAGCUCAUCAACGAAGAAACGAGGCAAAAACGGUCACUAUGUGCGAGAUGCUCAACUUGCCUUGGAGUUAUGGAACGACGCAUAUGAUGCCUUACGAGACGAUCCUAGUUGUACCGGCUUGGUAACUGCGUUUUUGCACACUGACCCCGUUAACCAGGAAGAUUUCAGAAAGGGCCUCGUGCACGUUGUAGGUCGCACAUCGUGGUAUAUGCAUCUGGCACAGUUGCUGCUGGCCAAUUCAUGGGGGGCAGAGCACCAAUACCGAGAACAGCGGCACGCACUCAGAGAGAGGCUGGUCAAACUGUACCAAAAAGUACUCGAGCUCGAGAUGAAUUGCGUCUGUGCCACGGCGAGUGCUUGGAACACAGCGGCCAAGAAUGUAGUCGGCUGGAAUACGCUGGACAAACUGGUGAACAAUCUUUUGCACAUGGACGCGCAAGUUGUCGAGAUUAUUGAGAAGCACUGCGCAGAGAGAAUUCGGGAGACUCUGUUGCAAGAGAAUCAAGAUCUGGACAUGUCAUGGACGACGGGAGGCGUGGUUAUCGUAGAGUCUACAACCGCGCACCCAAUGCAGAUGACGCAAGUAGCGGGUCAAGUCUAA